AGGACGAGUUGAGUCCAGGAACUGAAGAGAAGCUCACUGAGAUACAGAAAAAGGCUGAUAUGUGUCACAUAUGUUUGCUGGGACCUUUAAUUGUCUCUUCUCUUCUCACAGGUGUUACUGGAGAGACUCAUGUGUUCAGUAGUUCUAGUGAAAAUGUCGCUCUGCCCUGUAAUAAUGCUCUUUCUGGCUGCACCUCAACUACAUGGAUCUACUACUACAUUCAUAGAUCGUCAGGUGGAGUAGAACUGUUUGCUGGAGGAAUAAAGAAGAAUGACAUAAAGAGAGCUGAGAGACUGAGUCUGGGGUCUGACUGCUCUCUGAACAUCUAUAAAACAACAGAAGAUGAUCGUGGACAAUACAUCUGCCAACAAUAUGUGAAUGAACAAAAACAUGGAACUGAUGCACAGAUUUUUCUACAUGUUCUUCAUCUCUCUCCAUCAUCCACACAGACUGAGAUGAGAUCAGGCAGCUCUGUGACUCUCACCUGUCAGUUGUUUACAUUUGAUAACAAUUGUGAUGAUUUGAUCCGUAUUGAGGAUCUGCAGCUGUUCUGGGUGAAUCAGGCUGAUGUUAAUCUACAGACAGACUCCAGAUAUCAGAUAUUAUCAUCUGGACAAUGUAUCAAGACUCUGACUACAACACUCCUGAAUGAAGACAACAACACAGAGUGGAGAUGUCUGGUUAAAAAGAAGAAUGAGAUUAAGACUUCUGUCAGCUUCACUGUUAAGUUUAAGGAUAUCACAACCAAGAUAUCACAACAAAAAGACUCCUCAACACCAGUGAUUGUGAUUUGCGCUGUAUUUUCUGCAUUAGCUGUUAUCCUUGCUGCUGUUCUUUAUAAAAAAAGAGCUGAUAACAGAAGAAAAACAGACAGUUCUGUGGUCAAGGAUAAAAAUGACUAUAAAGGGACCUAUGAAACAAUCAACAUUUCAAAAAUCUCAAAAUCUCCUACACCAAGCACCAAUGAGCAAACCAACGAAGUGACUUAUUGUGAGAUUACUGCUUCCAGUAAACAACAAAUAAAAAAGAACAAGGUUCAUUGUGAUGAUAAAGUGACUUAUGCCACCAUCAAAGGAGCAAAUGUUACACCGCAGGAUGACUUUUAUGCCUCUUUAAACUAAUAAACAUUACUGCAGGCAUCUUAUAUGACAUCAGAAUAUGAUGAGCAGAAAAAUAAGGACCUAAUAGUUGACUUGUACAGAUCCCAAGACAUGUAUAUACUGAAACCAUUUACCCACAUUAACCCAUCCUGAAACAAUUUUCACAAAUUCUUAAAAUAUAAUAAACAUUUUUCAGAACUGUAAAUAGAAACACACAUACAAGAUAUUCCCUGAUUAUAUUACACAAAGCCAAAUUUUAAAUAAAUACUUUAUAUGUGUUCAAUAAUUCUGAUUUGUUUUUAUAAAUGUGUAAUAUAUGCACAUAUGUAAUACACAUCUAUUUGACAAAUUUACUGUACACCUCUACAUUUUUGUUACAUUUAUAUUCGAUUCAAUGUUUUGUUUGAUCUUUGUGCUAUUUACUGUAAAUGAUUAAGGCUAUUUUAAACAUGUUAUGCUCAGCGUGAGAACGAACUCACUUAGUUUGGGAACAUUAGUUUAACCCACACAAAACAGUGGUCAUCUCUGAACCCAAUUUAGACUGUUGGGCAAGCACUAUGCUAUGACUCAUUCUGGUAAUGGUUUCAUAUCCUUUUUAAAUUAAAAUAAUAAAAUUCAGGUUUAUAUUCAAAUGUUAACUGUAAAGCUUUGUGAUUUAGCUUUAAACGUCCACAGUCAUUACCUUGUGCCGGUGAAAUGUAAAAAUCAAAUGAGUCAAAUACAAAAUGGCUAGACAUACACAAAAUCUGUUUUUACAUUUAUACCAUUUAUAUCUUGGUGUAUGAAAUAAUAUACAACAGCGGUUUAAAAUCUACCCCUUAUCUUCACUUGUGUCAGGAAUUGA